AGCAGCGCUGUGCUCGCGCUCUACCGCCACCGUCACGCUCCGGACAGGUGUGCUGGCCGCGCGCCGCGUGCCCUCUGUUAUCGCAGCGUGCUCGCGCUCCCGCAGGCAGGGCACGGGGAUCCGCCGCUCGCGCGCCCCCGAUGGAAUUAGACAUUGAGUUGACGCGGCACCGGGGGCACGCGGCGAUCCGGGCCGGUGGGCUUCUUCACUACGGCAUCACGGAAUGUCUCGCGCCGCCGCGGCGGGGCGGGGGGUGGAGCGUGCCGCAGUCCCGCGAUUACUGAUCGAUCCGAUCCACUGAUCCGCUGAGAUCCACUGAUCUACCGAUCCACCGCGCGGGGUUAUGGCUUCCUCCGGCCCCGGGAAGGCGGGCCAGCCCCCGGGCGCGUGCAACGGGACCGCCGCGGAGCUUCCCGGCGCGGAGCACGAGCUGUAUGAUUAUCAGUUGCACACUAAAAUGUGCAAGAAAAUAGCGCAGCUCACCAAGGUGAUCUACUCUCUGAACACUAAGAAUGAGGAGCAGGAGGCAACGCUGCAGACUCUCCGGCGCUUUACCGCAGAAUCUCAGACCUCCCUCCAGCCCACCAGCAGUCCGGACGAGGAGGAUGACGAGGUUUCAGCUUCUGCCCUCAGGAUCCGACUCCUGGAGCUACAGGCCACAGUGGAAGAGGUGGAGGAGCGCGGGCAGAGGGCGGAGUUGGAGCAUGCGGAGCGCAUGGCGAUGCUGACGCAGGAGGCUGCAGACCUGCGGCGGGACUACCAUGGCCUGCAGACGGAGAGGGACGGCCAGCGCAGGCUGCUGCAGCAGCUGCAGGAGGAGAACACCCGCCUGCAGGAGGAGUGCCAGCAGCUGCGGCAGGUCCGGGAGGAGGAGCGGCAGCGAGGGGAGGAGGAGAGGAGGAAGAGAGAGGAGGAGGAGGAGAAGAGAGAGGGGGAGGAGCGGAGGAAAGAGGGGGAGGAGAGGAAGAGGGUGGAGGACGAGUGCGAGAAGCGUCUGCACGCACUCAGGGCGGAGCUGGCGGCGCUGAGGGAGGACCGGGAGGCGGCGGAGGAGGAGUGGAGGAGGGAGGAGGAGGAGUGGAGGAGCAGGAUGAAGGUGCUGGAGGAGGAGAGGAGGGAGGAGCAAGAGGCGGCCAGGAAAACCCUGCAGCAGAGCCUCAGCGAACACAUCAGCCAAUGGCAGCAGAGAGAGCAGGAGAACCGCAAAUCCCAGAAUUCUGUGCUUCAGCAGCGGCUGAAGAAGGUGGAGGCGGAGUUAGAGACGCGAGAGCAGCGGCUGAACGAGUGCAUCAGACACAGCAGUAAACUACAGGAGAGAGUGGAGGAUCUAGAGGAGCAGCUGGAAAACGGGCAUCUCCAGGUGGCAGAAGCAGAGAGAAUCGCUAAGAAAGCAGAGGAGGAGUUAUCUGUGGCCAAAGAGCGAUUAUUACUGCAGGAGAACGAACUGCAGACCAAAUCAGAGGAACUGCUGAGCCAGAGCUCCUCUCAGGUGCGGGUUUCAGCGGAAGUGGAGGAACUGAGGUCUCAGCUGAGUCGUCUGAACAUCAGGAAUAAAGAACUGGAGCUUCAGAACAGCGGCCGCUCCAAUGACCACGCCCGCAUGCUCAAACAGCACGCUGACGCCCUAUCCUCCAUGCGUCUGGAGCUUCAGCGCGCUCACGCCGAGGAGAUCCGCCGCCUGCAGCAGGAGGUGGAGAAGGAGCGAGGGAGCGACCGGGAGGAGCUGGAGGAAGAGAAGAGGCGGGUGCAGCAGAAGAUGGAGGAGGAGAAGGGUCGUCUGAAGGAGCAGCUGAGGAAAGCUCUGGAGGAAGUGAUCCGUAAACACGCCAGCGAGCUGCGCCAGAACCAUGCCUCCCUGGAGGAGGAGAAGAAGAAAUCCCAGCAGGCUGAAGAAAAGAGGGAGGCAGUUGAGGAGCAGAGGCGGAGUCUAGAGACUGAGAGGGAGGAGCUACGCGAACAGCUGCAGCUCUCCAAUACAGAGAUAAGUAAACUGGAAGCAGUCAUCCAGGCACUGGAGAAGGAGAAGGAGGAAGCUGGGAGGAAGGAGGAGGAGAGAAAAAGGGAACAGGAAAGGGAAAAAGAGAAAAAGGAAGUCAGGCUGCAGCCGCUGUGUGGACAGGAGUGUGAGGAACUGAGGAAGGAGCUAGAUCACACUCGCCACAGCAUGCAGGAACUGCAGGGGGAGUUUGAGAGGCUGCAGGGGGAGACCUCCACUCUGAACAGAGAACGAGAUCUACUGGAGCAGUCCAGCCACAGCAUGGAGGAGAGGAUCAGGCUCCAGUUUGAGAAGCAUUUCUCUGAUCAUGUGGCGGAUCUUCAGAAAGAGAGAGAGAAGGAGCUCAGAGACGUCAACCACCGCUGGCAGCUCAGACUGCAGGAACUACAGACACAGCUGGAGGAGAAGAGAGCUCUCUCUGAGAAGAGUAAGGAGGAGAGAGAGAGGGAGAUCUGCUAUGGGAACGGAGAGAUGGAAAGGAUGAAACUGGAGAUCCAGAAAACCAGAGAAAUGAACAGUUCCCUCAGAGCCCAGCUCCACUCCACCAUCCAGGAGAAGGAGAGGCUGAUGAAGAAGCAGCAGCUACAGGUGGUACAGGAGGAAGAUGAGGAUGAGGAGGAGGCGGUGAGGGAGGAUAAGGAGAGGGAGGAGGUGAGGGUGGAGUGCGGCUGGCGUCAGCGGGAGGAGGAGUUAUUACGGGUGGAGAAACUGAACCACCAGCGUGCCAUACAAACUCUGGAGUCCCGAGCCAGUGAAGAACUGCAGGCCGAGAAACAGCGUCUCCACACACAGCACAAACUACAGCUGGAGAAGCAGAAGGCGGAGCUAACUCAGCAGCACACAGAGUGGGUGAGACAGGUGACCCAGAGACACAUGCAGCAGAUAGAGGACCUUCAGACCGAACUCCAAACACACACUCAGAUGAUGGCCCUGCAGCAGGAUCUGAAGCAGCAGAACCGAGUGCAGUCUCUCGAGCGGCAGCUGGAUGAGAGGAGCAGUGAGGUUCAGGAGCUGAAGAGAGAGAACGAGGAGCUGCGGGAACGAGUGACCGUCCUCAACACCGAGAGAGAGGCCAGCACCAAUCACAGAUAUUCAAACAGUUCUUGGAGGGAUAAACGGAACGAGUGUGGAAAGAUGAUGGAAGAAAGCAGUGAUGAACUCCAAGAGGAGAUGGAGAACAUGAGAAAAGAGCACAGGAAGGAGAUCCAGACCAUAAUGUCAGACUUUGGCUCCGCCCAGAACCAACUACAGACCCGCAUUGUCUCCUUGGAAACAGAGCUGAGAGAGAGGGAGGAGAAAGGGAAGAGGAGAGUGGAGGAUCUGCACACCAUCGCCAAACUGCAGGACAAGCUGAGCGAGAGAGAUCAGCUGAUCAAGAGACUGGUGGAAGAUGUGCAUCAGCUAUCCCAGCAUCCCCCUCACAGCCGAGACGGAACCGCCAAACUCUACGACUCCAGAACCCGGCCAGGAAAUCCCAACCCGGUGAUAAAGAAGAUGGUUGAAGACGUGCCGCCCCGCGUGACCAGCGUGCCCAACCUCAGUGCACUGGAGGGGGGCUCCCCCAAGACCUCCCGCUCCCCCAGCAUGGAGCAGCAGUGUCCCCGCAGCCUGUCCGGGUCAGAACCCUGUGGCCGGAGCGUCCUGCUGUCCCGCUCCAACACCCCCAGUUCCCCCCACACGGACCCCCGCUCCCCCCACACGGACCCCCGAGCUGCUGCACGACACACCCAGCCCCCCAGCCAGGACCUCCAGCACCAGAUACACCUCAACUACAGCCAGCACCUCCGGACUCCAUCUGAACAGAGGGUGAUUGAAACCGGGCCGGAUCCUCAGGAUCCACAGAGACAGGAGUGGUUCACCAAAUACUUCUCCUUCUAAUCGAACUGGAACCACCGGCUCCCCGUCUGACCCAGACUCUCACAGACCUUCCAUUCCACACAGAGAGACGGAUCAGAACCGGGCCGGGUUCAGAAGAACACUCAGACCUCUGCAGUACAAGGACUCGCUCCGUUUUUACUCUAUUUAACCAGCAGUUCACUCAGACGCACUGGUUUCUGUUCUCAUGCGUUUGAUUGUACUCGUUACUGUGAAAGUGAAGGAAACCUGAAGCCUCACGUCCUAAACGCUUACCGGAGCUGCCGUGAUAUGUGGCUAUGCAACUUUUCAGGGAUAUUUUACAGACACGGAUUAAGCCUAGUCCCUAAUAACAGAUUAAGACGUUUCAGUUUUCAGCUUUAAAAGCUUUACAUUCUAAAUAUAAACCUUCAGAAAAGGUUUCAGACUCUCCAACUUCUGCCCUGGAUUUCUUAUUUACCUGCAACUGACAGCUGUAAACUCCUGACAGUAUGAUCGAGCACUGAUACAUAUAGAAUGUUACAUAUGCAUUGUUGAAAGUGUGUGUGUGUGUGUGUUAUGGAUUUGUUAUAUGAUCUGAUAAAUGCAAGAGAUUGUUUGUUGUUUGUUUAAAUGAACGGUUCACCAAAAAAUGCAGUAUUACCUUCGUCUUAAACAUCAGCAGAAAUAUAUUUUACAUUUAAAGUUACAGGGCCCUGAGCAAGGUGUGUUGUGAUGCUCAAUGCUAUCUUACACCCUGCCAAAAGUUUAUUUUCACACCUUCUGCCUCUGUCAGUGUGUUCAGGUAAAUUUAUGGCAUAUUGCUAUCUUGGAAGCAGAAAACACAGGUGCACCACUGGCUGAACACAACCUAGACAGACGUCAACAGUCAACAGAUGUUCAUUGCUAUCAUAUACUUACAUGGACACGCAGCAGUGCACAAACCAACCUUUACAUCAAUAAUAAACAGAAUACUGUUCCUGUAAGCGGAUCAGUUUCUUCUAAUGAGAAGCACAAAAGUACUGCACUGUUAAAAAAGCACAGUGAGAGCACACUUGGCUUUUAAAGGAAAUGGCAAGUAACAUGCUGAUUGGUUUAUUGCACGUUACAGACAAAACACACCCAUGAUUAACUAAGAGAAUUAGUAUGUACCUUUCGUGCAUCUCAAGCUGCCAAGGUGUACUUUUCCCGUUGUUACAAUAGCAAAGACACACUAAAUAAUGCCCUCUGACUUUGGACAGGUCCAACAGAUUACAGUGCUGUAUCUACUGUAACUAUAGAUUAACCCUUAUUUAUAAAUACUAAUAAAAGAAGGAAUCCGAGGGGAAUCUGUUUCACUCAUUCUGGUGUGAGAUGAACCUGCAGGACCUGAAUAAUUCAGCUGAUCCAGACGGAGAAUACCGCUGCUGUGUUUAAGAGGAGGGUACAUUUGCGUGCAUUUCAUUUUUUGGAGAACUGUUCUUUUGAAUGUUUAUUAAAUAUCAUAUAUAUAAAAAAUAUAUGUGCCAAA